AUGGCCGACACCUGGAUCACAUUCCCCUUCCAUUCCUACCCUCACCCACAAGCCGACCUCUCACCCACACACCAGCUAGAGCGUCUUCAGGCCUACCUGAGCUCUCAUGAAGAGGAGCUUCGGCGGGCAGAGCGUGAAAGCAUUAUGGCAACAUACAAAGAGCUCCCGUCCCUACGCAGACUUUGCUACGAGUACUCUCAUGCUGAAGUACAAUGA